AUGGCCGUAGUCAACAGAGGUACUGAUUACGAAGUCCGCAGCAAAACCCUACCGGAAGAGCGUCUUGUCAAAGUGGUGUCUAUCGUGACAGUUGCUGCUUAUUUGGCAACUAUCGCUGUCAUCACUGGUCAUUGUCGACCAAUGCACAAGCUGUGGCAAGUGUACCCAUAUCCGGGAGAACACUUCGAAGUACUAUGCUCUGGUUUCGACGAAUGUAGCGCUACCAGAAAGCUGGCAUUCGGCCUCAUGUUCUGCGCAGGUUUCUUUAUCAUCAUUUGCACUUUACUUCGAUGCAUCAUAUGCUUGCACACGCCUGAACGACUUGACUUGGGGCUGAACUGGUCUAUCCGUGAAACGGCCGUCGCUAUCAUUUGUACGAACGCCCCGUCGAUCAAACCGCUUUUCCCUAGUCGCAAAAAGGGUUCCUCGAACACCAGUAACCCUACUGGACUAGUGACUUUUGGUGGGAGUGGCGGUACACACCAAAUGUCGCGUAUCAAGGGAAGCCAUCAAAAGCUGGACGAUACAUCUGUCGGAAGCCAAGAACACAUUGUCAACCUGAAAGGAGGCAAGAAUCAAACGACUGCCUUUGCCGACGACCACAGUUCCGAUGAUUGGACGCAGUACAACAGGGGAAUACAGGUCACCAAUGAAUACACGGUUGAGGUUGGCAGGACGUAG